AUGUCGUAUUCUUGCGAGGAUGAGCACCACGACCAUCAUGGCCAUGGACACAACCAUACAGCACCGAUUCCGACCAAUGCUGAGCAGUCGCUCUAUUCGUUCAUCGAUACGGCCAAAAUCAUCUGCCUCAAUGCGGUGGCUCCGACGGUUCCCGGACAAUGUGAGAGCUACAGGGGGUUCUUGAAGGACCAGGAAUCGCGGUUCAACUGUGGUUACUACCUGCAAAGCGAUGCGGACUGCCAGAUGGUGGUGCAUAUACCUUUUACUGGGAACUGCAGAUUAUUCUCCAUUAUACUCAGGACCAACGCAAAUGAUGCAGGCGCUGAAUUGAGCACGCCGAAAAGUAUCAAACUGUUCAAGAACUUCAAUAGAAACAUCGACUUUGACUCUUUGGAUUCGUCGAAGGAAGACCUGAAGAUUGAGCAUCCGGAAGAUGUAGGUCUCAAAGAUUGUCACGAGACGGAGAACGACGACGAAAGCACUUUUGUUGAGCACCAUUUGCCCCGUCGCAUCUUCCAGAACUGCUCGUCGCUCACGCUGUUCUUCGAGGAUAAUUGGUCCGGAGACCAAGACGAGCUUUGUAGGCUCUACUAUUUGGAAGUUAGAGGCGAGUUCUCGGGACAAAAGGUGCUGAACAACGGCGUCCCAAUGAUGAAUGUAUAUGAGGCGGCUCCUAACCCAGUCGACCACAAAAAGUUGGAAGCGGAACAGGAUGAGCUCGGAAUGGGAAUGUAA